AUGGUAUCUUCAAUCUUCAAUGCCACGCUGCGCGGUGUACAGGCACUCUUUGGCAUCAUCGUACUAGGCCUCAGCGUGACGCUCAUCCGCGGCCAUCAUUGGGGCAAUCUUCCUGCCGGCUUGGGUUAUGGCGCAUUUGUCGGCGGGCUAUCCUUUGUAGCUGCAUUCAUAGGGUUGGCUGCAACAUGGUUCGAAUUUCUGGGUGGCAUGGUUGGGCUUGUCAUCGACGGCGUUGUUGCGCUGGUGAACCUUGCCGGUGGUGUUCUGUAUGCUAUUAACCUGGCAGGCACAGACUGCGAAAUGAGCGCCGAAGAUCCCAGCAACAUAAACAAGAUGAUUGAAAACGAGUGGUUCAAUGGCGGUUGCCAGAGCCCCGGAUUCUGCUGGAAUGGCUACGAAUAUAGUAGGAACCCCUCGAAGCAAAUAGCUGUAUACGAGGGCCAUUGUAAGGAAGCUAAAGCCGAUGCCGUCUUUAUGUUCCUGACCGCUGUUGUCAUGAUUGUCUGUGCGUUGCUGGUUUGGUUGAGGAUGAGGAGGGGCUACUGA